UACAGAGUAUUUUCGGUUUCAAUAGUUGGUUUAAUUGCCCACGAUAAGGUAAUAUUGAUAGUUUUCUUUGUCGUUAAAAUAAGAUCGAACGCUAAUGGAACCUCAUCCGUGCUGCUGUGUGGAGUACCUGUGUUUGGGUCCUAGGUAUUUUGAUUUCUCUGUUAUUGAGCACAUUGGUUCCGUUGAAUUAUCGGGGCCAGGGGGUGCGGGACUGAUUGGUUUGCGCUGAGCUGGUCUGAAGCAGCGCUGUCGGACUUCAAAUAAUGACAAUACCGUCCCCGCUGUAAUACUCAUCGUAGCUCGGAAUUAAGUUGCGCCUGAAGCUGGUCGUUGCCGGCCUUAGAUCGUUCGGUUUGGUACUGGGUUUAGUAUUUACUGUAGUCUUAGUAGCAACGACAGAAGUAGCGAUAGUAGAUACUGUAGUAUUAGCAGUACCGUCGGUACCGCGGCUAGUGGUAUUGUUGCGAUUAUACGAAUUGAGGUGAUGGUAAUAGUGGCGGUGGUGACAAGACAGCGGUGUAGCUGUCACCGAAGCAACAGCAGUAACAGCAACAGGAGCUGCUUCUGACGUAGGGCCAUAGUUUUGAUGUUGAAAAAUGUGUUGAUUCGUCUCCCCAGUUUCUACCGGUACAUGGUGCUGCUGAUCGAUCGGUUUCAAGUGAUUUUCGACAGCGCGGUAGAUAGACAGACCGUAUGUUGUGCACCAGCCGAUCAUGAACACCAUGGGCGACCAUUACUAUGAGUUUCAAGAUGCCAGUCUCGAGCCUGAGCCAGAGUUACAACGACGAUUGGAAAGUGCCUGGAUGGAACGACACGAGGCAGGCAUCGGGUUCCGGUACAGGCUGAAUAUAGAAAAACAGCGCAUUGCACAAGGGCAUUUGCAGUUUCUGAUACAGCUUAAUCGUGACCGCCUGACACAACGUCGCGAGCCACAACAGAUAUCCCAAAAUGCCCCCUUUGAUGAGUCUAUAUUUAAUUUCACAAAAGUUCACGUUUGUGAGGUACUGCUUGAGCUGAAACCAGCGUCAGAAGACACACAGCAACAUGAAUUGUUACGGCGUGUUCCGGUGACGCUGCUAAUCAACAAUAGUCCUCUGUCAAUGUAUCACUCGCUGGUCGUACCGGAACGGCAACGUUGCUGGCCACAAACAUUAACGCCUAGUGCCGUACGGAUGGCAGUGGAACUACUAUACCGGCUACCCGAUCGACGGUACCGGCUCAGUUACAACAGUCCCGGGGCGCUUGCAUCUGUUAAUCACCAGCAUCUACAUCUAGUGCGUGUUGAUCACGAACUCUACGUACAGCGUGCGUCUCUGAUUCCGGUUGGUAUCGACGAUCGAUUGACUAGCCUGGCUGACGAUUCUCCGGUGCAGGGCUAUUGUUAUGAGUUGUACAACGCGAAGCAGGACCUAGAGCCCGUUUGUCGAGGCUUACAUGACCUGCUAAACCUGCUGGCACGGCGACAGAUGCCUUUUAAUGUAUUUUGGACAUGGGUGGACCCAACAAAUUCGGGUGCGGGUACGAUUCGAGUGCUGGUAUAUCCCCGGUUGCAACCAUGUGACAACAAAAGCGCUUGUUCAUUCAAUGCGGCCGCACUCGAGAUGAGUGGUUUUGUCUCGGUUGGUGAUUUGGCUGACUAUGAACAAUUAAACGAAGAUAGCAUAAGAGCGGCACUUCAAGAAGCUCAAGGCGAUGUGUACGGUGCGUUGCAGUCGGAGUUUCCGAGAAAUUCGGAGUUUAACAAAAUUGAAAUGGGUAUGUCAAAGAGUUUACCCGAAUAAACGGGAGCACUAAACUGGCAUCACGUCAUGCCUGAAAUAGUCCAUUAGUCGUAUGCUAAAACUAGCGUCUACGAGCGCUUACGGCUGGUUUUUUAAAAAGAUAAUAUAAGAUUAUAUGGUAUCAAAAUGAAAAUCUAGAAAAUAAGUGCCAAAAAAUCAGGUAUGGUGUGUAUGCCAAUAUUGUAACCUACUAUAUGUAAUCCUUGUUCACAAUAAAAAAGAAACUCACUACUACUGCUCUGA